CUGCUAACCAUAUUUCUCCUUUGCUUUCACUAUCUAUAUCAUGGCCUCUCCUUGCUCAUUUCACGGGAUCAUCGGCAUACGAAGCGCUACCGCUCAACGAUACCGCUGGUGAUAUUCCAAUAUCCAUUUUCAUUUUUGGCGGAUGAAAGCAGAAUUUCAUGUCAUAUUAUUCCUUUACGCGCUCCUCCACGUAUCAUGCUCCUUGUUCCGUGCACUGGCGAAAACAAGCACAUCAGCAUUCAUAUUCUAUACUGUGGAGCUGAUCAAGCCUCCGGGCUCAGCGCUCAUCAUGUACAUGUGAACGUAGACGAACUGGUGACAUGACAGCUAUUUUUGCCCUUGCAUUUCGUAUACCCCACGAUUCUGUUAUUGACACACCAAUACCCGAAAUCGUUGCCGUUAUUGAAACCUUUGAGACCCGUCGAGCACCCCACUUUAUCAGUGGAUGGCCAUAAGGUAGACCCGCAGGUGAUAACGUCAGAUCCUCAGAUGCGAUGACUACUCCAG